GAGAGUUAAGAAUCGGCGACGCAAUAAAUUUAAUCAGGGCCUUGGCGGGCUGCGCGCGCAUUUUAUUUUGAUGCGCCCCUUCCCUCGCCCGGUGGGUCGGAAGCAGUCGCUCGCGCCCUGGCAGCUUCAGUUCGAAACCACCUUCGGCUGGCGGAACAUGUUGCACCACCGUCGCUGAUAAGCCCUCAUUCGCCUGCAUCUCUAUUCCCGCGAGCAUGGAGCUGCGACUCGCCACCGUGGUCGCUUUGUGCCUCUUCAUGUCUAAGGGUACUUUCGGAUUGCAUUUUAUCAACGUGAGCGUGCCCAGGUAUGCGGAGCUGCACGAGACGCUGACCAUGAGUUGCCACUUUGAGCUGGGUGAUGAUCAACUCUAUAUGGUGAAGUGGUUCAAAGACCGCAAAGAGUUUUUCAGAUACGGCGCUGAUCACAACUCAAGGAACUUUGCUCUGCCGGGAAUUAAAAUUGAUAUGUCCCGGUCCGACAUGAACACAGUGACCCUGUUGGACCUGCAGUUCAGCAGCUCGGGUACCUAUCGGUGUGAAGUGACGACGGGAGCACCAAAAUUUGAGACAUUGUUCUCCAACAAGAACGUGACAGUCAGAGCCCUGCCGGCGAGCGAGCCAAUAAUCAGUGGUCUGCAACCGGCCUACUCUCCAGGGGACAUAAUCGAAGCCAACUGUUCUGAUGGCGGGCGCGACAAGAGAGCAGCUUUAGCAACAAAAUGAAGAUUUUCCCAUACAAACAGAUCUUAGGCGGGGACGUCGAAUGAGCCACCGACAACCUGGAAAAUUAUUUCAUUUUAAUAUCUGGAUGGGUAGCUAGAUUAGAAUCAAACAUGUUUUUUUAAUUUUAAACAACCCCCCCCCCUUAGUCAUCUAAUUAAAUAAUUUAGUUUUUAGAAUCAUUUAGUUUCUCUAAUUUAUUUUUAAAAUUUUAUUCACCAUCCAGAUCCCCUUUUAUUAGAAAGUAAAGUAAGACCAGCAGGCCCGGUCCCCCUCAUGAGGCACUGAAACAACUAGACGAAAGUACCCAACAAUUUUAGAUGUCUCCAAAUUAAAGACAGAAUUGGCGGUUAUCUAUAAGAACGCACCUGGUCCAAGACGGCAACUGCCCUGCCCGACGGACUGAACAACCAGAAACUGGCCUAGGACUACUUUACAAAUAAAUCUGGUGCGAAAUAA